UAUAAAUACCCCAUAACAGGGCGUGUGUCCUCCACAAGCAAUCAAUAUUCAAAUCCCUUUGCUUCUUUUUCAUACUAAUUUGCUUCACUUAAAACUUCCUAAAUGGCUGCCCAAGGAGCUCGUGAACAAGCUUCCACGAACCAUAUUGAGAUUCCAGUUUAUGGAAAUGUUGCCGAUCAGCCAAGACAACAAUCCCAAAGGCCUGAAGAUGAAGAAGAAGAGACUUUUGACUACUCCCAGAGGACACAAUGGCUUCGGGCCGCUGUCUUGGGAGCCAACGAUGGGCUGGUCUCGGUUGCAUCACUGAUGAUGGGCGUGGGAGCUGUGAAGCAAGACGCGAAAGCCAUGCUGCUUGCAGGGUUUGCAGGGCUGGUGGCCGGGGCGUGCAGCAUGGCGAUAGGCGAGUUUGUCUCUGUGUACACUCAGUACGACAUAGAGGUGUCUCAAAUGAAAAGAGAUGAGAUGAGAACGAAUGGUGGUGCUACGGAGAAUGCACAAGAGGCAAAGAAGAAGAAACUGCAGCUGCCAAAUCCUGCACAGGCAGCUAUGGCUUCAGCCAUUGCAUUUUCGACAGGUGCCGUGGUGCCUUUGCUGGGAGCUGCAUUUAUAAGUGAGCACAAGGUAAGGCUAGCCGUGGUGGUGGUCUUGGCAAGCGUGGCAUUGGUUGUGUUCGGAGGAGUAGGAGCGAGGCUGGGAAGGACAUCGGUAAUGAAAUCUUGUGCCAGAGUUCUCGUUGGAGGAUGGAUGGCUAUGGCUAUUACUUUCGGACUCACCAAGUUAAUUGGGUCUAGAGGUCUGGAAAUGUGAUUAAAUUUUAUGCCUUUGUUGUCGUUGUGUUCUUGUAUCUUGUUGUCAUUUUCCCUUUUGAUUGUUGCUGGUGGUGUGGUGGUACUGCAGCGAAGUUGUGUUCAUCGAAUAAUGUUGGUGCCCUUAUAAUUAAUCCACACAACUAUAUUUGGGUUGGUGCAUGCGCUGAUUGAGAGUCACUACACUAUAUGCAUGACACACAUCACGUGUUCGGCACAUGACAUGACAUGUGAUGGGUGCACAGCUAUAGAAACGAGAUGCAUGCACCCAAGACAUGCAAGUUUUUCUCCUAACAUAGAGGACGGUUAGUUGUCGGCUCAUGAAUGUUCAGUUGCGAAAUGCAUAUGCCACUUUCGAAACAGCACUUCCCUGCCUCAUGAUUCUAGACGCAAUGAACACAAAAGAGUUCAAAAUCCUAAACACCAUCUCUCUCUCUCUCUCGCAUACAUACAAGACUCUAAAUAACUAAAGAAAUCGCUACCAACUCUUCAGACUAACCCGCAGUUAAUUUCUUGUUUUGACGCCCAACAAACCAAACUUUCCUUCCCUAAAGACUGCAACCCAACAGUAUUACAACACUUUCAAACAUCCAUACUUUUUACAGGAGAAGAAAACCAUCGAUAGUUUGCAUCCAUCCAAUUGUACAAGAAACACAACCCUAAAAAACAUCAGCACUUAGAAAGCCAUUAACCAGAACCCAUCUUCGUUAAGACAACCCUAAUUAUUUUGCAGGUAGCAUUCCAUGGCAGAAAUAUAAGAACGAUAAUGGAUUUAAAUUAACAAAAAAAAUAGAUGUACAUAGAAAACCACAUGCUAAGAUACGUUAUUAAGUGUAGAGUCGGUAAUAUUGCAUCACUGAACGACCUUAGGAGAAAAAAAAAGCAGUUUGGAACAGGAACAAAGAAACAGAUCAUCCUCUUGUCUCAGCAAACAAACCACGGCCAGGAACAGAAAAACAAGGCAAGACCAACAACCUUCCCCCCAUGUGCAAUGUGAUAAGGAGACCCAGAGGACAAAACAAUGGAGCAG